CUCCAAAAUCACCACCUCAUCUCUUUGCUCUCUAUUUGUUUUUCCACCACCUCUCUUUCUCUUCUGCUCCUACCACAAUUUCUGUCUUCUUCUUCAAUCCCACUCUUUCUCUACCCACCACAUCAUCAUCUUCUUCUGUAGAUUUCAUUUCUAGCCCUUAAAGAUUUCUCCUUCAACUCUUCUUCCCCACAAAUCCCACCAUGUCCACUGGACUAGCUGUAGAAGUUCUUGAUGCAAGUGACCUCAUGCCCAAAGAUGGUCAAGGCUCUGCUAAUCCUUUUGUACAAGUUAAUUUUGAUGAUCAAAGACAAAGAACUCAAACCAAGUCUAAAGACCUUAAUCCUUGCUGGAAUGAGAAGCUUUUCUUCACUGUAAAUGAUCCUAGAGAUCUUCCCAACAAGACCAUUGAGGUUGUUGUUUAUCACGAGAGAACAGGUGAAGCUGGUCAUGACAAGAACUUUCUUGGUCGUGUCAGAAUCUCUGGUGUCUCUGUCCCUUUAUCAGAGUCCGAGGCUCGUGUCCAGCGAUGCCCCCUUGAAAAACGUGGCCUUUUUUCGAAUAUUAAAGGUGAUAUUGCUCUCAAGAUUUAUGCAGUUCAUGGUGGAAAUUACUAUCCACCUCCUCCUCCUCAACCGCCAAAGGCUGCCAGUAUUGAGACUGAAGCCACCCCUCUCCAAGAAAUCAAUACCAACAAACUUGAAGAAGAUGUUAUGGCUGGUGAGAGGAAGACCAAGAAGAAGAAGGAAAAAGAAGUGAGGACUUUUCACUCUAUAGGGACUCCAGCAGCUAGUAGCGGUCCUGGUCCUGGUCCGGCUCCGGCUGCUCCUCCUCCUAUCUCUUCUGGGUUCGGUUUGCAGACUCACCUUAUGAAGGAGAAAGCACCUACAGUGGAGACAAGAACUGAUUAUGCUCGAGCAGGGCCACCUACGGUAAUGCAUAUGCAAGUGCCCAAGCCGAACCCAGAAUUUGCACUGGUGGAGACGCGGCCACCAGUGGCUGCACGUAUGCGAUACAAAGCAGGGGACAAGACGGCGAGUACUUAUGAUUUGGUGGAGCAGAUGCAGUAUUUGUAUGUGAGUGUGGUGAAGGCUAGAGAUCUUCCUGUAAUGGAUGUUUCUGGGAGUCUUGAUCCAUAUGCCGAAGUGAAGCUCGGGAACUAUAAAGGAAAAACUAAACACUUGGAGAAGAAUCAGAACCCAGUGUGGCAUCAAAUUUUUGCUUUCUCAAAGGAUAGAAUACAGGCCAAUUUGCUUGAAGUUACAGUGAAGGACAAGGAUUUUGUUAAGGAUGAUUUUGUGGGCAGGGUUCUUUUUGAUCUAUCAGAAGUCCCAGUUCGCGUCCCGCCAGAUAGUCCUUUGGCUCCUCAAUGGUAUAAACUGGAGGACAAGAAAGGUGAUAAAACUAAUAAGGGAGAAAUUAUGCUUGCAGUUUGGAUGGGAACACAAGCUGAUGAAUCAUUUCCUGAGGCAUGGCACAGUGAUGCUCAUGACAUUGGCCACACUAACUUGGCCAAUACAAGAUCCAAGGUAUAUUUUACGCCGAAAUUGUAUUACCUUCGUGUUCAAGUCAUUGAAGCUCAAGAUCUUGUCCCCUCAGAUAGGGGUCGAGCACCAGAUGUUUAUGUGAAGGUUCGACUUGGGAACCAGGGAAGGAUCACUAAACCUUCGCCAAUGCGAAGCAUCAAUCCAGUUUGGAAUGAAGAGCUUAUGUUUGUGGCUUCUGAGCCUUUUGAGGAUUACAUAAUUGUGUCUGUUGAAGAUAGAGUUGGACCUGGUAGAGAUGAGGUCAUGGGAAUGGUGAAUAUACAAGUUAGAGAAGUCCCACCAAGAAGAGAUACUGCUAAACUCCCAGAUCCUCGCUGGUUCAGUCUCUUCAAGCCUGCAUUAGCAGAGGAAGAAGGCCAGAAAAAGAAAGAAAAAUUCUCUAGUAAGAUUCAACUGUGUCUGUGUUUAGACACAGGUUACCAUGUUCUUGAUGAGUCCACACAUUUUAGCAGUGAUCUUCAGCCAUCGUCUAAGUUCCUGAGGAAGGAAAAGAUUGGAAUCCUUGAACUUGGGAUUCUAAGUGCAAGAAAUUUGCUGCCCAUGAAGGGCAAAGAUGGUAAGACUACUGAUGCAUACUGUGUGGCUAAGUAUGGCAACAAAUGGGUUCGAACCCGAACACUUCUUGAUAACCUGCAUCCUCGUUGGAAUGAGCAGUAUACUUGGGAUGUUCAUGAUCCAUGCACUGUGAUCACCAUUGGUGUUUUUGACAAUUGCCAAAUUAAUGGCAAAGAUGAUGCAAAGGAUCAGAAAAUCGGGAAGGUGAGAAUUCGCCUUUCGACUUUAGAAACUGAUCGUAUAUAUACACAUUACUAUCCUUUGCUAGUACUUCAUCCUUCUGGAUUAAGGAAACAUGGAGAAAUUCAAUUGGCAUUGAGGUUUACCUGCACAGCUUGGGUUAAUAUGGUGACUCAAUAUGGCAAGCCAUUGCUUCCCAAAAUGCACUAUCUCCAGCCGAUAUCGGUCAGGCACAUUGAUUGGCUUCGCCACCAAGCAAUGCAGAUAGUAGCAGUCAGACUGGGAAGAGCAGAGCCUCCUCUGAAACGUGAAAUUGUGGAGUAUAUGUUAGAUGUGGAUUACCAUAUGUGGAGUUUGAGAAGAAGCAAAGCAAAUUUCGGCCGAAUAAUGAAACUGCUUUCAGGGGUUGCAGCUGUCUGUAAAUGGUUCAAUGACAUAUGCACAUGGAGAAAUCCAGUAACAACAUGUCUGGUUCAUGUGUUGUUCUUGAUACUGGUUUGCUAUCCAGAAUUGAUACUUCCCACGAUCUUCCUUUACCUGUUUGUGAUUGGGUUGUGGAACUAUAGGUACAGACCAAGACAGCCACCUCACAUGGAUAUUCGACUUUCGCAAGCUGAUAAUGUUCAUCCGGAUGAGCUAGACGAAGAAUUCGACUCGUUCCCAACUUCACGACCGGCUGAUAUUGUAAGGAUGAGAUAUGAUAGACUGAGAAGUGUUGCAGGCAGAGUACAGACUGUUGUUGGGGAUUUGGCAAGCCAAGGUGAAAGAGCUCAAGCAAUUCUGAGCUGGAGAGACCCAAGAGCUACAGCCAUCUUCAUAAUCUUUUCUUUAAUCUGGGCAGUGUUCAUUUACGUUACUCCUUUCCAGGUUGUGGCUGUAUUGGUUGGACUCUACUUGCUGCGACAUCCCAGGUUCAGGAGCAAGUUGCCCUCGGUACCUGUCAACUUCUUCAAGAGAUUGCCAUCCAAAUCAGAUAUGCUACUGUGAGCUGGAAAAUUAUUGUCAAUAAGCCAUUCAUUUUGCUUAAUUACUGUCAAGGGUGAAAUAGUAAAUAAAAUGGGUCAAAUAUCAUAGGAGAAAAAGACAGAAAAUGAAAAGUAACAAUGCGUGCAUCCAUCCUGCAUCAACCUGCAAAAGAAUCUCACUUUAGCUGAACUGUGCAUAUCCUUCCUGUUUGAAUCUCUUGUAUCAAACCCCACAUUCUUUCUUCUUUUUUUUUUAAAUCUUUUAUUCCGUAUUCUGUAAUAUUGCUGAGCUAUCAUAUUGUGUAUUAUAAUAUAUAGGCAGUAGAGGCCAGAAGGUCCACUGAUGAGAAAGAAAAA